UCCGCUGACUUAACGGCGGUGCUCCAUCAGCGGGUCGGUUCAGCUGUCUGUACGGUGACAUUUAGAGCAUCAAAAUAAAAGGAAAUAAACUUUCUUCUCACCUGUGUGUUACCGGACACUGUUCUCUCGGGAUCAAGGACUUUACCGGACACCAGCAGGAUAUAGGGGAAUGGCAGAGCAGGACAGAUUUCACCCUCACUGAGAGGAGGAAGAGGAGGUGGAGGAGGAGGAGGAGGACAGGCGGAGCUUCAGGAUGGAGCGAGCUCACAGCCUCCUGUUGAAUGAGGAGGUGUGCAGUCAGCUGGGUGAACAUCAGAGGGCGGAGUUCAUCUUCGAAUGGCUGAACCACCUGAAGAAGCUCCUUCCUGCCACUGAGCGGGCCGACAUCAAACAGAACCAGCGGCGUCUAAACGAGCAGCUGUCAGGGAUUCUGAUUGGCUCCCCCGGCCCGCCGACCCGCUGGCUACUGGCUCACUGCUUGGCCCUGCUCUACCGCCUAGGAGACCCCAUUACUUCCAGCCUAUUGGUGGACAGGUGCAAUGACAUCAUCCGCAGCAAAGACGACUCUCCGUCAGGACUCCCGACCCGACUGGCAGCCAUUGCGUGUCUCGGUGCUCUGUUUGAGCAGCUCGGUCGGAUGCUCAUCGGCUCCUUCAAAGACACUCUGAGCAACCUGCUGAAGGCCAUGAAGAGCGCCGAGUCUCAGGGUCGGUUUGAGAUCAUGUUGAGUUUGGAGAAGAUCCUGCGAGGUUUGGGUGUCAGUGCCAUGCCGUGUCACCGUGACGUCUACAAGGCAGCAAGAACCUGUCUGACGGACCGAUCCAUGGCCGUACGCUGUGCCGCUGCCAAGUGUCUGCUGGAGCUGCAGAGAGAGGCGGCGUUCCUGUGGACCAGCGAGUUGGAGAACGUGGCCACUCUGUGCUUCAGAGCCUUUGAAGGAUCAAGCUACAGCGUCAGAGUGUCUGUUGCCAAACUGCUGGGAACUCUGCUGGCCGCUGCUGUGGAGCCCCGACAGCCUACCGCCCCCAGGCAGGGUGGGCGGGGUCGCAGCUCCCUGGAGGAGGUGAUGGAUCUGUUGUCCGGGGGGUUCCUACGUGGUGGGGCCGGUUUCCUCCGAGCCAGUGGGGACAUGUUGAAGGGGACAAGCUCCGUCAGCAAGGAUAUCCGCAUUGGGGUCACACAGGCCUGUGUGGUCUUCGUCUCCACCCUGGGCGGCUCCUGGUUGGAGGCGAACUUCCCGGCCUUCCUGUCCCUGCUGAUGGAGCUGGCGUCCCACAGCAGGGCCACUCAGACACAGGGCGACGCCGUGGUGACCCGCCGCUGCGUCUCCUUUAUUCUGAGGAGCACCCUGGGGUCUCUGCUGGGGGAGAAGGCUCAGACCAACGCUGCCAAACAGCUGUGCCUCGCCGUGGCGUCGCAGAAACGAGCCAUCGAUGCAGCUCUGACUGAUGGGAACGUGGAGACCAGAGUUUCGUCUGCAGACGUCUCAGCCAGUCAGCAUGUGUUGGUCUGCUGCCUGCUGGAACUGGGAGGACUCAUACAGGGACUGGGAUCCACCGCCGCCCCCCUCCUCACUGACAGCAGCACAGCCCUCCUGGACACGGUGAUCUCCGUCCUCCUCCACCCUGCAGCCUCCGCCUGUCUGGCCGCCGCCUGGUGUCUGCGCUGCGUCGCCACAGCGAUGCCGUCCCAGUGUUCCUUGCUGCUGGAUCGCUGUGCUGAGCGGCUGGUGGCGCUAAAGUCUUCCCCCGAGGCUGUGGCUGGGUACGGAGCCGCCGUCGCCGCCCUGGUGGCCGCGGUGCAGCACUGCCCUCUGGGAAUACCGCACACCAAAGGCACGGUGGUGCUGGGUCUGGCUGAAGACCUGCUGCGUUCAGCCUCUCAGAACAGUCGCAUCUCUGUGCAGAGGACUCAGGCCGGCUGGCUGCUCGUCUCCUCUCUCAUCACUUUGGGCCCGGCUGUGGUGGAGCACCACCUGUCCCGUCUGCUGCUCCUGUGGCGGUGUGUGUUUCCCGCUUCACUCAGGGAGCAGGAGAUGGAGCUGCGGCGAGGGGACUACUUCACGUGGCAGGUUACGCUGGAGGGACGUGCAGGGGCGCUGUUCGCGAUGAAGAACCUUGUGCUGCACUGCAGAGAGCUCGUCACCGAUGACAUCAUCAGCCGUCUGCUCACACCUCUGGCCUGUGCUGUGGCGCUGCUCACCAGGCUUCCUGCCCUCCUCAGGUCUUACGGCAGUUCAGUUCGCAGCUGGUCGAUCAUCUACAGACUGAGAGUCUACGAGCUGCUCGCUGAGCUGCCUCCACACAACUACCAGGAGAGUUUUGGUUUGGUGAUGAACCAGCUGGUGUCGGAUCUGUCCGGUCAGGACAACUUGAACCAGCCCUGUUCAGAGGUCACCCUGCUGCCUCCCCUCUGUCACCAUGACGACCUGCCACUGGUCGGCCCCGCCCUCCACGACACCGACCACAGAUACAUCGAGGAACAGCUCCAUGGCAGCAGUGUUGGAGGAGGCUCUCUGGACAAUGACGCCUUCAGUCUGUGUGAGAAGAGUGAUGAAGCUCCCGCUCCUCUUCCUCCUCCUGUCGCUCUGACCGCCACGGCCAUCCGCCUCUUUGGAGUGCUCUACCCCCACAUCAUCUCUGCUCAGAGGGUGAAGAUAUUGGAGCAGUUUGUGGAAACGGUGAACCAGCUGAAGGGUCAACGCCAGCAGACCAUUCAGACACACGUCUGCGCCGCCCUCUGCAGUCUACUCAAGCACCAGGGUGGUAUCCGGGGCUCUCUGGGGCCGGAGGAGGUGCGCUCCCCAGCGUUGUCCCUCCUGUCGGGGGCACUGGAGAGCGCCAGUCCUCUGCUGCGAUGUCUGGCAGCUGAAGGUCUCGCUCGGCUGGUUCAAGUGGUCGGAGAUCCUGGAUUCACCGUCUCCGUCUCCCUGCUCUGCUUCGACAGGCUCAAGACGGCUCGGGAUGCAGCGUCUCGCAGUGGCUACGCUCUGGCUCUGGGGGCGCUGUACCGCUACACCGGAGGAAUCAGCUCACCUCAACACCUGUCCACCUGCCUGGGAGUCCUGUUCACUCUGAGCCAGGACAGCACCUCACCUGAGGUCCAGACCUGGUCCCUCCACAGUCUGUCUCUGGUAGUCGACCUGUCCGGUGGUUUGUACCGCACCCACGCCGAGCCCUCCUUCACACUGGUGCUACGCCUGCUCCUGUCGGCUCCCCCCACCCACCCAGAGGUGCACCACAGCCUGGGACGCUGCCUGCACACCCUCAUCACCUGCCUGGGCCCCGACCUGCAAGGUGAGGGUGUAGCAGUGUCCGGUCUGCGCUCCAGCUGUCUGGUUGGAUGUGGGGUGAUGCAGGACGGUCCCGACUGUCUGGUUCAGGCCAGAGCCAUUUCCUGUCUGCAGCAGCUGCACAUGUUCUCACCUCCACACGUCAACCUGGCCAGCCUUGUACCUGCACUCUGUGAGAUCUUGUUGGAUUAUUCCACGUUGGCUCACCUGUGCAGCUCGUACCUGUGUCUGCGUCGGGCCGUGGUGGCGUGUCUGCGGCAGCUCGUGCAGCGGGAGGCUGUGGAGGUUUCUGAACACGCCGUGACUCUUGUCAAAGAGCUGCCCAGACGAGACAACACUCAGCUGGACGUCACCAUAAAGGAGGUGGGGCUAGAAGGAGCUCUGUUCACUCUGUUGGACCGGGAGUCAGAUCCUGGCCUGAGGAAGGACAUCCAGGAGACUCUGGUCCACAUGAUGGCAUCCAGCGCCACCAGCGGGAAACUGGGACACUGGCUCAAACUCUGCAAGGACGUCCUGUCUGCGACCACCGACUCCCGGGCUCCGGUCGAGGCGAGGCAGGAGGACGAGGAGGCGGACCCCAGCAGAGACGAUGACUCUUCUGCCUUCAAGGCUCGUUCUGAGUCCAGCGGCCCGUUCACGGCCCUGCGCUGGGCCACGCGCCGCUUCGCCAUGGAGUGUGUGUGCCGCAUCAUAGCUCAGUGUGAGACCGCAGACCCGGCUCACUUUGACAUGGCUCUGGCUCAGGAGCGGCGCCUCAACGAGUCCACUGACUUCUUGGUCCUCCAUCUUGGCGACCUGGUCCGCAUGGCGUUCAUGGCGGCGACGGACCACAGUGACCAGCUGCGGCUGGCGGGUCUUCAGACCCUGCUGGUGAUCAUCAGGCGCUUCUCAGCCAUCCCUGAACCGGAGUUCCCUGGUCAUGUGAUCCUGGAGCAGUACCAGGCCAACGUUGGAGCUGCUCUCAGACCAGCCUUCACUGCUGAUGCUCCUCCUGACGUCACAGCCAAGGCCUGCCAGGUGUGCAGCGCCUGGAUUGCCAGCGGUGUGGUCAGUGACCUGCGUGACCUGCGGCGCGUCCAUCAGCUCCUGGCCUCCUCAUUGGCUAAAGUUCAAGCGGGAAGGGACACGUCCAGCCAACUGUACAACGAGGCCACUGCUACCAUGGAAACACUGGCUGUACUGAAGGCGUGGGCCGAGGUUUACAUCGUAGCUGUUCAGAGGAGCAGACAGAAGGAGAGCCCUGAUAGGAUGGCUGACCUGUCCGUCUCCUCCUCUCUGACCAAUGACAGCUCAGGCUCUGACUCAGGAGGUGCAGGCCUCCUGAAGUUGGUCCAAUCAGAUCUGUCGACGCUGAGUCGUUUGUGGUUGGCGGCGCUGCAGGACUACGCCCUGCUGACGCUCCCACAGGAGUACGCAUCACGGCUACCUGCAGCAGGUGGUUCUUUCUACACAGCAGAGACGGUGAACCAGGCCAGGGCUCAUUACUCCUCCUCCUGGGCUCCCAUCCUCCACGCCACCUCCCUGUGGCUCCACAGCACCGGUUUUGUGAUGACAGACGAUGCACCUGCCAACCUGUCCAGACCGGCCACGCCUACAUCCAUGGGAGGGGGCGGAGCCAAGAGUCCAGAGGACAUCAACACUGACAGACUGCAUCUCAUACUGGGCAUCAGUGUGGAGUUCCUGUGUUCCCCGCACUCUGAGGACCAGAUGGAGAACAUCACUUCCUGUCUGCGGGCUCUGCAGGCGCUGCUGGACGUGUCCUGGCCCCGAGCUAAGAUCGGAAACGACCAGGCUCUGAGUGUGGAGCUGCUCAGCGUCCUCCACAGGCUGAUGGUGACCAGAGAGUCGGUGUCUGUUCAGCUCGCCGUGUUGGAUUUACUGCGACAGAUCGUAACGGCAGCUCAGGAACACGUCAGGGAGAAACGCCACAGUGCUGAGGUGGAUGACGGCGCAGCAGAGAAGGAGACGCUGCCAGAAUUCGGGGAAGGACGGGACACCGGUGGCUUGAUUCCCGGACGCUCGCUGGUGUUCGGAGCUCUGGAGCUGUGCCUCUGUGUGCUGGUCCGGAAACUUCCACAGCUCAGCCCCAAACUGGCCGGAACCAGUCCAACUGGUCCUGGAGGUUCAGUGUGGACGUUGACUGACAGCGACUGUCGGCUGGUGGCGUCCGCUCUGUGUGUCCUCUCUGAGCUGCCGUCUGUCUGCUCCCCCGAAGGCAGCGUGUCCAUCCUCCCCACCGUCCUCUACCUGCUGCUGGGAGUCCUCAGAGAGCUGGUGCACCAACCCAGCACACACACUGGUGCCCCGGAACCAGCAGGUUCAGUGGGCGGGGCCGGUGUGGGCGCUGUGAUCCAGACGGCUCUUCAGGCCCUGAAGUCGGUGGUGACGUCUCCGAUGAGCCGACAGGAGAAGAGUCGAGGAGCCUGGAACCUGCUGCUGAGAUCAGCUCUGAACACGCUGCUGGGACUCUGGGACGCUGGCGACUGUGUUGUGGAUCAGGUCAGUCUCCUCACAGCUCUGACCGUCUUCCUGCUCUCUGCUGGUCCUGACGUCUGCACCGUCGAGCCGCUGCACGCAGUCUGUCUGCAGCGCUUCACCACCAGCAUGGACGCCAAAGACCCACUGGUCGUGAGUCGAUGUUAUCAGCUGUUGACGUCAAUGUUUCAGGCCCCAUCAGCUGUGGCCGUCCCGUACAUCCAGGCGCUCGGACCACCGCUGGUUCGAUUCCUUCAGAAGGUGGAGAGGAGUCGUCCUCAGAGUGGAGAGGAGCUGCUGGGAGUCCUGGAGGGAGUCAGAGCCAUGGAGGCUCUGGUGCAGGCUGCAGACGAGUCACAGCGUCCUCAGCUGGCAGCCAUCUUGUUGCCGCUCCUCAUCUCCUUCCUCCUGGAUGAAAACGCUCUGGGCUCGGCCUCCCCGGUGUCCCGGUCUCUCCAUGAAGCAGCACUCAAAGACUUGAUGCGUCUCGGCCCGCAGCACUCAGCUGUCUUCAGGUCGCUCAUCGCGUCGUCUCCUCACCUGAAGUCUCGUCUGGAAGCCGCUGUCAAAGGAAACCAGGAGAGUCUGAACGCUAAAGCUAGCAGCGCUAACCCGGCCAACCGCAGCACCGCCAAGUCUUCCCCCAGCAUCACGCUCAAAACCAACUUCCUGUGAGACGACUCGCCACCACAUGUUGCUGCUGCAGUAUAGAUGUCCAAUUUCCGCUCAGCACCAUGCUGCGUUCACUGUCCCCUGGGACAAACGGUACUUAGAAAAUUUGAUCGGUAACACGAAGGAUGAAACUGGACACGCCGCCAUGUUGGACGACAGACCGAUACUGUGACAGUCUUUGAUUCUGACUCCUCCCACAUGGCGGCGUGUUCUACUGAUGGGAACGUCUCUGUACACGCUGCAUGUCAAUAUAUCACACGUCUUCAUAUUAUCACAUCGUAUCAAUCACUCAUAUCAGUCAUCAGUAACAGCUGAAAGGAGUUCAGCCUCAUCUGCUCUAAACUGAACUCACAUAAAACAUGAACGGACUCUACGGAGUCAGAGGUCUGUGAUAUUCCUGUUUGUCUGCGUGAGAGUCCGCCUUCUUCACAUCUGAAGCUUUUUAUCCCAAAAUCAGACGUCAGUGAGGAGUCACGUCAGCAGGAAACAUAUCUUUAAAAAGCUGCUUGAUUCUGGUCAACAGAAUAAAAAACUAAAUGUGAUUGUACGUCGUGUAAAAACAAAAACAAACAAAAAACUGAAGAUUUGUUAAUGUUUCCUGUGCCGAUGAUUUCGUCUUCACCGAAGCUGUUUGUGAUAUUCAUGGACAGGUGCAGUCGAGGGGAGGAAGAGGUCUGGUUUGGGGAAUUGUAUCUCUGCUCGUUGCAGAUGAUGUGGUUCUGUUGGCUUCAUCACACUGUGACCUCCAGCAUGACCUGGGUCGGUUUGAGUGUGAAGCGGUCAGGAUGAGAGUCAGCACCUUCAAAUCUGAGGCCAUGAGUCUCUGCCGGAAACCGUUGGACUGCCCCCUCUGGGUUGGGAGAGAGUUACUGCCUCAAGCGAGGGAGUUCAGGUAUCUCGGGGUCUUGUUCACAAGCAUGAGAUGGAUUGGCAGUUCGGUGUGGAGUCUGCAGUGAUGCAGGCGCUGCGCCCGACUGUCGUGGUGAAGAGGGAGCCGAGCCAGAAGGCGAAGCUUUCACUUCACUGGUCCAUCCAAGUCCCAACCCUCACCUAUGGUCAUGAGCUCCAAAAGAAUGAGAUCGCAGAUACAAGCGGCCAAAAUGAGUUUCCUCUGUGGGGUGUCUGGGCUCAGCCUUAGAGAUGUAGGGUAAGGAGGAGCUCAGGCAUCUGGAGGGAGCUCGGAGUAGAGCCGCUGCUCCUUCGCAUCGAAAGGGGUCAGUUGAGGUGGUUCAACAUCUGAUCAGGAUCCUCCUGGGCGCCUCCUGUUAGAGGUGUUCUGGGCACGUCCCACUGGUAGGAGGCCCCGGGGCAGACCCAGAACACGCUGGAGGGAUUAUAUAUCUCAUCUGGUCUGGGAACGCCUCGGGGUCCUCCAGGAGGAGCUGGAAAGUUGCUUGGGAGAGGUACGUCUGGGGUGCUUUGCUCAGCCUGCUGCCCCUGCGACCUGGCCCCUGAUAAAUGGAUGAAAAUGGAUGGAUGAUUUCGUAGCAUUUUGGGAUGAAAAGCUUCACUCUGAGAGACGGACUUUGGAUCAGUGAAAAGACCUGAGUCUCAUUAAAGGUUUAACUUGUAUUUCAAAACUAACUGAACACAAACAGGACCGAAGAUAUGAAGGUUUUAAUGAGAGUAAACUUUUUAACUGACUAAAGAGGAACUGAAACAUGCUCUGAUCACUUCUGUCAGUGAAAGGAAGGGAUGGUUUUAUUUUGAAAUAAGCGUCAUCUCUCUGUGCGUACGUAGGAAAGCAAUCUGGAGCUUCAGUUCCUGUUUUACUAACAGUAAAUGAAGGUCAGGGGUCAAAGGUCAUGUUGGCACCAGAGCUGCAGUAAUUCGUCGCAUUAAUCCAUCAUGAAAAUAAUCGCUUGUUGCAGCUGAAGUUGACACACCUGCCUCUGACCCUCAGAUGAAUGAGUGAAUGAAUGAAUGUCAGUAACAGACAAGAGCUCAGAGAAUGAACAAGAGAUUAAUUAUUUUUUUAGUCACAUGUCGAUUUGUUGAGUUUAAUGUCGUGGGACAAAUCACACAGUAACAACCUGAAGACUCUGAUUGUUCUGAAUCAUACGGUGGCCUGUGAGGGACAAGUUAGUCAUCAGCACUUUAGUUAAACACUACAUGAUAUCAACUUUGUCAAGUUUUAUCAGUUUGAAGAAUGUAACUUUGUUUGGUGUUAAAGGACCAGUGAAAAGAUUAAAUGCAUUUCUCCUUUUAAAUCUCCGUCACAAUAAAGAAACACUAAAGAAUAACCUGCAAUAAGUUUAUUAACCAGGUGAGCUACAGUCUUCCGCUCUGCUCCACACACACCAGCUAUAUGAGUGUGUGUGGGAGUGUGUGAAGUGUACAGGUGUGAAUGAGUUAACAUGUUGUUUUCUAACAGCAGUGAAUGAAUAAAACAUGUUUUUCUUCUAA